CUAUACAUUGAAAUGCAACAGUAAUCUACAACCAAUUUAUAUGUAAGAACGCAGUUGGACCUCAUGGAGAAGUAAAUGAAGCUUAGAAUUAAAGAGGUCAGCACUAAGAUGGAUCUCAUUCAUGGUGAGGGAGUGAGUGAGUUAUUUCAGGUUCAAUGUCAUUUGUAUAAACACAUUUUUAGCUACAUAGAUUCCAUGUCACUUAAAUGUGCAAUUCAGCUAGGCAUUCCUGACACAAUCCACAACCAUGGCCAACCUAUUACUCUCCAAGAGUUGGUCUCAAAGCUUAAUAUUCACCCCAAAAAAACUAGCUGCGUGCACAGGCUUAUGCGUCUAUUGGUGCACUCUGGCUUCUUCGCUAAAACAAUAGUUCAUGAAAAUCAAGAAAAAGAAAAAGAAGAAGAAGCCUAUACCCUCACACCUUCUUCUAGGCUUAUCCUCAAAGAAAAUGUCACUAGCUUAUCACCAUAUGUUCUGGCAGUGCUUGAUCCUACACUUGUAAGCCCAUGGCAGUUCUUGGGAGAUUGGUUUCAGGGGAGUGAGCUCACACCUUUUGAGAAAGCACAUGGGAAAGGUCUCUGGGACUAUUGCAACCAAAACCCAGAAUUCAAUAACAUUUUCAAUGAAGCAAUGGCCAGUGAUUCCCGACUGAUGAACUUGGUUGUUAAGGACUACAAGCCCAUUUUUGAGGGUUUAGGUUCAUUGGUUGAUGUUGGAGGUGGUACUGGGACAGUGGCAAGGAUUAUUUCUGAGGCAUUUCCUCACAUGAAAUGCACUGUGCUUGAUCUCCCACAUGUUGUUGCCAACUUGCCAGAUAGUAAAAAUCUGAAAUUUGUUGGUGGCGAUAUGUUUCAGUAUAUUCCUCCUGCAGAUGCCAUUCUGUUCAAGUGGAUUUUGCAUGAUUGGAGUGAUGAGGAAUGUGUCAACAUACUGAAAAAUUGCAAGGAGGCUAUUACGAGCAGAGGUAAGGAAGGAAAGGUAAUUAUCAUAGACGUAGUGAUAAAUCAAGAGAAGGAUGAACAUGAUGUUACCACUACAAAGCUCCUCUUUGAUGCACAAAUGAUGGUUGUGCUCACUGGAAAAGAGAGAAACAAGAAAGAAUGGGAGAAGCUGUUCUUGGAGGCUGGCUUUAGCCACUACAAAAUUGUGUCAUCAUUUGGCAUGAAGUCCAUCAUUGAGAUUUAUCUUUAGGAGAUAAACAAGUAACUGUGUAUAUUUAGCCGGCAAAGACUGUUGACAAAAGAAUAAAAUAAAAAAUAGAAUAAUGCUUGCUAGCAUAGGAAUUAAACUACUAUCAAUCUUGAAACUGGCUAUUGUAAGAUAUCAAAAUUAAGUACAAUAAAUUUUGCUUUA